AUGGCGUGCCACAAGGUGACGGUGGGCGGUUGGCCUGCAGCGCUCCUGGUCCUGGAGCGUCGCGGAGACUCCUCUCCCACGGUGAGGACCGACGCCCUUUCGCCCGCGUGCACCGCGCGGGAGCGACGAGAUGAGCGGGAGCCACAGGACUGCGUGCUGGUGCACCACCUUCCAGCACAGGCGCCGGCGCAGCCCCUGAUGGACCUGUUGCUGAACCUUUGGCCCAGUCACUUCCCGACCGUCUCAGUGGCGCGGCGCGUGUGUGCUCGCGCACGCGUGUGGAUCAAGGAGGUGAAGGAGAUGAGAGACACCAGCGUGCGACAAGCAUGGUGGAGCGAGUCGUUGGCCGCUCCGCAGACGAUCGUUUUUCUGCCGGACUAUCCGCGGCGGAGUCCUCACGAGACCAAGCUGGAGGUCCUCUUUGAAGAUGAGCACCUGGCAGUCGUGGUCAAAGAACCAGGACUUAGGUUGCACGGUGGUGUGCGCACCUUGGCCAACAUGCUGGCGGCCAAAGAGCAGCCUUCCUUGAGCCCUUCCAUGCAGGAGGAUGCGUUGGCGUCCGCCAUCCCGCUACAUUUCUUGGAGGCGGAAAUCGGCGGCCUCGUCCUCUGUGCUAAGACCGCCACGGCAGCCGCUCUCUCCGCGCGUGGAGAGAGUGCCGGCUAUAGCUUGCGGCGGCGCUUCCGGGGGAUCUUCUGUGGCGCUGAGCCAGCCGCGCUGCCGGACGGCUGGACGCCCCUCCGCUCGGUGCCCAGCGUGCGCUUCGGCCGCGUCCUGGAGGCCGAGACGGAGACCGCGCUCCCCGCCGCGGCGCUCCGCCGCGCCGCGGGCGCGGGCGGUGGGGCGCGGUUGCUGGGCGAUGUGGAGUAUGGUGGUGAGGAGGCGCCCCGGAUCCGGAGGAACCAACUCUUCCUGGUGGUGGCCGGCAUCAGCUUCACUGACUUGCAGGGGCUCAGGCACAGCAUCGCGCUGCAGGGUUCGGUGGAUCGCUUCGAACACCUCUUUCUUCGUGAGGCGAAGGUCUGGCGGCUCGAGUCCGAUCGACUGGCCGAAGAGCGAGCCGGAAAACGCGCUGGGGUGCGGGUGCGGCGGUGCGAACGGGGGACGCGGGGGACGGCUUUGAUAGCCAAACUCAUCCAGCCAAACGAAGGCAGCGCUGGAAGGCAGCGCAGCACUGGCUCAGAGACGGCUGGCAAACCCACCCCGGCCCGCGAGGAUUGGUGA